AUGCAAAAGCUUGUCGUCGCCGAGAUUUGUUUACUGUUGCUGAUGCUGAGCGUGACCACCGGAAGCAGAUGUGUAAAGGAAGAGAGAACACGGACAGGAAAAAAGUGUAGUCAACAGCAGCUCAGAAAAGUGGAUAAAGCGUUAUCGAGAGCUGGAGAUAUACCGGAGGGAUCGUGGAUUUGUUUAAGCCACAGAAAUUGGAUAAUUGCCGAGGACAAACGCUGCUCCUGCCCAUCUUCGUGGGGACACGGUAAAAGCUUAUCAAAAGUUCCGAUCCCUGACAGGCUGUAUAGAGUAUUUGACGAGGUGGGCAGGAACAGCGUUACCGAAUACAAACCUGGGUCAAACUGGUGUACUAAAUGCAGAGUCCUCGCAGAUAAAGAAUUCGCGUCCCACCCCAUGUUCACUCCGAGGAAGCAAAAAAAAGUGACAUCAGAAAAUAAGGUAAAGCACACUAAAUAAAAUUAUAAUUUCAGCAAUUUUAAUUCACUGUCUUCUUUUAAAAAUAAAAAUAAUAAUAAUUUAUUCUAAAACAGAUGGACAAAUAAUAUAAACAAAAAUAUUUUUCUAUAGGAAAAUGUAAUGAACCAGCCAACACCACAGAAAAACAAGGACAUUCAGCAAACGUCAAGUUCCCAAAAAGGUUAAGUACAGAAGAAACUUGAGUAAAAUCAGAAAAUUUACAUCCCUCUCUCUUUCAACUCAUUAUGCCCAAUGCCCAAUGUUAGUAUCUCUCAAAAGAUUUUCCAACAACACAUAACAUGAUUUAAAUCAAGGGCUAAUAAAAUUAACAUUGAAGAAAUUUAUAUUUUUUAGAGCCUUCGUUUGAGAAAAUGAUGGAGACAUUUCAGAAGGCCCUCAGCAGCCACUAUGAAAAUAGUGGCCAACCAUUAUACAAUGCAGAAGAUAUGAGGAAGUUUUCCGAGAUUUAUGCGCCAGGCUUGUUUGAUGUCCUCCUCAGUUCAAUUCUUCGAGACGACUCCAGGCUGUCAGAAGACAGGAAAACACUGCAGGAGCAAAGAACAGUUGCUCUUCUCCAUAUUAUGACAUAUUUUAGGUAUCUGGCAAGGAAUGAAAUAGAAAACAAUGCUGACCUCUAAAGAGAUCAUGUGGUAAAAAAAAUACUUAUUUGUUGUUCAUCUUGUCUAGAUCCCAGAAGUCAUGUCCCUUGCAAAAAGACCUGGGUCUGUACAUGCACCAACAUGGCCUUUCAAGAGCUGGCUUGAACAAUGGCCCUAUCUUUGGCUUUUCAGUAGCACCAAGAUCAAUUGAUAGGCACAACAUCAACUUACGGCAGCAGUAUCCAAGCUUGUUAAAGCAAAAAAUAGAAGAGUCAGUUAAGGUGCAACUGAAUAUGUAAAUACCUGAUAACUUUUAUUAAGUACAAAUCCAUUUCUAAAUAAAAUAAAUUGAAAGCAUACAGAAAUGUAGGCUACACAGUAAUGUUUUAAAAACAGCCAAACCACUGGAAUCAGGGUGCCUUAUUAUUCAUAUUAAAUGUCAGAAAAUUUACAAAUACUACAACAAUAUAUUUUUAGAAUGACAAAUUUAAUAUUGUUUGAUAACCUGAACACUUUAGUGGCAUUUAAUGUAUGAUUAUCUAUUGACAACUCAGUAAGAGGUUAAAGAAAUUGGACUAUCACAUAUAAGAAGGUAGCCUGUGAACAGGCUCUAUGUUUGGGGGAAGGCAAGAUAUUUUCACCCUUUCCCUAAACAGAGAGCCUGUUCACAGAUUAAUAAGAAUGUAACAUGAUAACAACUUGAUUACUAUGUUCAAAACAUAUCUACUAACUAUUACGACUAUUCAUUCAUGAUUGUAUUUUAUUAGGAAGGUACUUCUAUGAUUCUCCUCUUGGAUGAUUUUCAUAAUAUUCACACAAUCAGAAUGCCAGACAACCUGAAAUUGUCUAAAGCAACACACAUGGCUUCUGUUCUACUUGACAUUCACCUGGAAAUACCAGCCGUAAAAAAACCCAACGCACAGUGUGUCCACAGUGUUUUGAAAAUUACUUUCAGAGGGCAGGAGACUGUUUGCAGAGGUGGUAUUGUAAAAAGAUACAUACAAGAACUGUUCACAGAAAGUCUUAAAAGCCACCACCACUCAUUUCUAACCUCUCUUCCCCAACAAUGUCAGCAGCUGAAGGCUAAAGAUAUACAAAAACAGAUCAAACAGUUCAGGUGUUUAUUAAGAGUUUCAUGUUUUCUCUUUUCCCACAACUGUCCAGUUUAACAGGGUUUCAUAGCUGUGGUGUGUAAAAUCGCAGUGAAUGCAUAAACUGUAAUAGCAUUUGAACCAUGAAGAAAACAAAUUAAUUAUAUCUUCUUUUGCCAAGUUGAUUGGGUUUGCAUGAAUUGUUUGGUACAAAAAAAACAAUUAAAAAAAAAACACAAAACACUAAGACACCCUCAAUUGGAAAUACACUACAUGUACAUGUGCUCUUGUACUAUGUAUGUUCCAGCAACCCAGUAGGUAAUGACUUAUUUUUCUCUACAAUAGACCUGCAUUAUGUAUGCAUUAUAUAAAGUCUUAAAUUGCAAUCAUGGUGCACAAGUAACAAUAUUUUUACUUUAAUUUCUAGAGUAUACAAUGGCAUGGCACAAGAUGAACUUCUUACCCUGAGCACUUGCGUUUUAAUAGACGAAUUCGAGGCAGGCCUGAAAAGCAUGGAGGAUUACAAGGCUGCACUUAACCAUACAUUCCAUUCUGCUCUUCCCCUUCAUGAUUUCUGUAAAUUAUUUGUCAUUCCACUGCCUGGAGAUUGGCCAACCUGGUACUACACCAAAAAAAAAAUAAUUGCUCAGCUACCAGAAACAAGUUCCCAAGAACACCCUUUAUUUGUCCCUUAUUCCAGAACAAGGACCUUUUCAUGUCUGCUUAAAUAUAAAUGA